UUUCCGGCGGCGUGGGCUGCGGUGCGCGGCAAGACGAUGGCGGCUGCUGGCAGUGAUCCGCGGGCUGGCGACGUAGAGGAGGACGCCUCACAGCUCAUCUUUCCCAAAGAGUUUGAAACAGCUGAGACACUUCUAAAUUCAGAAGUUCAUAUGCUUCUGGAGCAUCGAAAGCAACAAAAUGAGAGUGCAGAGGAUGAACAGGAACUUUCUGAGGUCUUCAUGAAAACUUUAAACUACACAGCCCGUUUCAGUCGUUUCAAAAACAGAGAGACCAUUGCCAGUGUACGUAGCUUGCUGCUCCAGAAGAAGCUUCAUAAGUUUGAGUUGGCCUGUUUAGCCAACCUUUGUCCAGAGACUGCUGAGGAGUCCAAGGCUCUGAUCCCAAGCCUGGAGGGGCGGUUUGAAGACGAGGAGCUGCAGCAGAUUCUUGAUGACAUCCAGACCAAGCGCAGCUUUCAGUACUGAUCUCCAGGCGUCCCUGCUGCUGGGGGAGCCACGUCACACCCCCGGCGCGGCACCGCUGGCCCAGCAUCCAGGGCUGCCGUGCACGGAAAGUCUGUUGCACGAGACACCUGGGCUCCCUUUGGACAGAGCGACCCAGUGCUUGGUCUUGGUUUAGGUUGCUGUUUCCGGCUCGACUGUGGGACGCCGCUGACCCGCGUAACCUUGGCGAGGCCUGGCCGCGGCUGCGCGCGCUUGCCUCUGGGGAGGGUGAGGCGGGGCGACGUGCGUCUCGGCCACGCCACUGGCCGCCUCACAUCACGGUCUUUGGCCCUGGUGUUAUUUUUGAUUCCUAAUAUUUCAUGUUUUAAUUUCAGUGUGUUCGUUGUUUUUGAAGCUGUACUAGGACAUGUAAAACUGGUAUGGGAAACAGUCUCACCUAAAUGCAAAAGGAGCAAUUAAACGAGACCUGUAUCGUUGUUUGAGAUUCUUAAAGAGAGGAUGAUAGCGCCUUGGCGUCAUUGUGCUUAACCCAGGAGACAGGGAAGAGGCUGCCGCGGAGAGUAGUUACACGUGCGGGUGACUGCUGAGCGCUGUGGGGCACAUCGCCGUGAGAUGGACAAGUUCUGGGCCUUUCUUCCUGAAUUGCUGCGCAGCAUAGAUUUGGAGUAAGUGGUCUUUAAGCACUUACUUUGUCACUCCCAAAUUCAGAUUUUUCCUUCCUGGGCCACAUGUGAAGGAGUGAGCACUUCACAGUGUCCUCAUAUGGGGCAUCGGGUCCAAACCUCUGGCCUCCUGCUUAGCAGCAGGUGUUCUGCAAUGGAGGAGACGUGGAAGGAGGGAGCCUGCCACUUCCCGAGCCACUACAGUGGCGUCACUCCAUCUGAGGCUAGUUGCGGAGAAAACACUUUAAUUACUAAACACUGUGGCUCUGAAUUUUCUGAAGGGAAAUAUGCCUGUUUUCUUCACAGUUUGGGGAUUUUUCUUUGAGGCACUUGUUGGCUCCAAGUGAAUUCAUGGUCCAGAGAAAAGGCUGGGGAAAGAACAAAGUUGGCUUUAAAAGUCAAGGUCGUUUUAUGUCAGCUGCUGACUAAGGCAAAAAUAAAAUUUCUUUAAUAAAGUCUUUCAGUUUCUGAAAUGA